CCUCCCAGCAGAGGAAAGCCGACAGUCGGACCGUGCGCGAGGUGUUUCUUUUUGUCCGCUGCCAUGGUGGGAUUUACGGAUAUCGCGUGCCUUCUGGUCCCGCUGGCGGUGGUGUUCGCGGCGUCCACCUCCCAGGCCGACGUGAAGAGCGUCAAAGAGGAGGAAAAAACGGGGAACUUCAUGGAAGACGAGCAAUGGCUAUCCACCAUUUCACAGUACAGCCGCAAGAUCAAGCACUGGAAUCGGUUCAGAGAUGAUGAUUAUGUCCGUACCGGGGAUGAAAAUCAAGGAUCUAAUGACAACGUAGACACCACCAAGGACCCCUGUCAAAAGGUUAAGUGCAGCCGACACAAGGUGUGCAUCGCCCAGGGAGACCAGAGAGCCGUGUGCGUCAACCGCAAGAAACUCGAGCAUAGACUGAAGCAGCCGGCUCUCAGGUCUCCUGAUGGAAACUGUCAGCCGUGUCCCAUCUCCUCCGCCGGGCCUGUGUGCGGAUCAGACGGUCGCAGCUACGCCUCCAAGUGCAAGCUGGAGCAGCAGGCAUGUCUUAUAGGGAAGGAUCUUACCCUGAAGUGUUCGGGUCUCUGUCCUUGUGCAACUGCUGCCCCUACAUCCAUGGAGAGUGCACACGAGGGCUGUACUGGACAGGAUCUGGCGGAUCUCGGAGAGCGUCUGAGGGACUGGUUCCAGCUCCUGCAGAUCAAUGCCAAGCAGAACAACAAUAGCAAGACCGGGGCCAGAAACCCCGCCGCCAGCUCUACGUCAGUGCUGGACAGGAGCCUGGUGGCCAGCUGUAAGGACUCCAUAGGCUGGAUGUUUUCCAAGUUGGACACAAACGGCGACCUGUACCUGGACCAGGCUGAGCUGGCCGCCAUCAACCUGGACAAGUACGAGGUGUGCAUCCGGCCCUUCUUCAACUCCUGUGACUCCUACAGGGACGGCAAGGUCUCCACUGCCGAGUGGUGCCUCUGCUUCUGGAGAGAGAAGCCACCUUGCCUGGCUGUACUCGAGAGGAUCCAAGUAUUAGACGGCGGCAAGAGGAAGUUUGGUCGAUUCAUCCCAAGCUGUGACGAGGACGGCUACUACAGGAAGCAGCAGUGUGACAGGGGAGAGUGCUGGUGUGUUGACCAAAACGGAGGAAAAGUGUCUGGAUCUACGAUGCGUGGCAAGCCAGACUGCGAUGAUGAAAUGGCAUAUUCAGGUGAUGUUGGCAGUGGGGUUGGAUGGGAAGAUGAAGAGGAGAAAGAGGCUGAGGAGACUGCAGAGGAGGCUGAAGAGGAAGAGGGAGAGGUGGGGGAGGUGGAUGAUGGGGGCUACAUCUGGUAAACGUGUAGUCCAAGACCCCCCCCCCCCCCACACACACACACACACACACAAAGAUCCUGCAAGGAGAUGGACGCGUUGAAGCUCUCACACUCAACACUUAGUUUUGAAAAAGCGAAAGGGAGAGGGUUACACGGGUUGGAAGAGGGAAUCUGUUAUGGGCGUAUUUAGUGUUACAGGAUGUACUUUAAACAGGCAGGGGAAGGGGACGAAUCACCAUUAAUUCUAGGUUUAGAGACUUUUGUCCCCCAUACUUGUGAAUGUUUGUUCUUCUCUGUUGUAAGUCCUUUGAACUAUCUUUGAGCAGUUUUUAGCUGAUGCAUAAUGGAGACUUUAAGCAGUUGCAGGUGCUUGUCAUGUGCUUGCAUUGAAAAAUGUGGAAAGACUGGGUGCAUUUCAAUAUUCCAAAUUGGCCUCUUUCAUCUUUUAUUUCUGCGGAUUAACACCAGUUAGAUAACCAGUUUUGAUUUCAGGCAGGAAACAGCCGAUAAAGAGAGGAAGCCACAUUAGCAUGUUGAAAAGCACCCUUUCACUGUACUGUUUUUCGUGUCAUUUGCUCCGACUCAUACGUGACAGUAGUCAUUUGUGACUUGAUGAAAGAAAAAAAAAAAAGUUAAUCACGCAUCACUCUUUUGCUUGUAUAUAAUGUGUGCAUUUGAAGACAGAUUGUCACCUAUUUGUCCUGUUAUCAAUGCCUUGAAAGACUAGCAGAAUAUACUGCUUAGCUGACAAGUAUACGUCGUAUCAUAAUGUGGAUCAAUUAUUGUGUUUAAUAAGAAAAACAUGAAAUAAAAUAAACUUGUUUAUGUGGCCCAGCAGGCCACCGUACAUCUAAGACUCUG